AUGAUUCAGUCACAGCUGAAGGAAAAGCAGAAGAAGCUUGAUAAAUUGGACGACGAGAUAGUGGGGUUAAUAAGUGAGGAAGGAGAAGCCGAUGAUUGUGUAAAGGAAGGCAAAGAAGCGGGACAGUUUAGAUCAAAAGUUCAGGCUGCUAUAAUACAAAUCCAAGGUCGAUUGGAUGAUAAGUUACAACGCAGUGGUUCCAUUGACAGUCUAAGUUCUACAGCCACUUUGAAUACUAGAAAGGUACGGGCAAGGUUACCUAAAUUGGAGAUGCGAAAAUUCAGCGGUAAACCGUAUGAUUGGCAGGAGUUUUGGGACGCAUUUCGCUCGUCAGUUCACGAAAAUGAGGAACUAUGUCAAGUGGACAAAUUUACGUAUUUACGCUAUCUGUUAGACGAGCCUGUGAAAAAGGUUAUUGCUGGGUUUUCCUUAACUGAAGCUAAUUAUGAAGCGGCAGUAGAUUUAUUGAAACAAAGGUUCGCAAAGCCAGUAGUGAUAAAAAGAUCGCAUAUCAAUGAGCUAAUGAAUUUGCAACCUGUUUAUAAAGAGCGCGAUUUGGAUCGUCUUAGACAUUUCUACGAUAUGGCUGAGACACAUUUUCGAGGGCUGCAAUCUAUGAUGAUAGAUGAGACCACGUAUUCUUGUGUUGUCGUUCCAUUGCUGCUCGACAAAUUGCCAGAAGCGGUUCGAUUGAGUAUGUUGCGAGCGGUGAAGGGAUCUGAAGAUUUACCCAUUUCGUCUUUUUUGGAAGUGUUGAGAAACGAGCUUGAAGUACGAGAGUCGCACGUUUCAAUCUUGAAGCCAAACCUUGCUGGUUCGUCUGGAAUGCAGUCAAUGAUUGCUAGUGGAAAAGGCAAAGAUUGGGUGAGAACAUCGAGUGCCUUGCACAGCGUUGCAAAGGACCAUCGAUGCGCCUUUUGUUUAAAAUUUCAUGAAGAAAUUGAUUGUCAGAAUGUAAAGGACUUUAGUGAACGUAAAAAUAUUGUGAAAAAAUAUGGUCGUUGCUUUCUUUGUUUAGCAAAGGGUCAUUUAUCCUUCAAAUGUAGAAACAAUAUUUCAUGCAAUAUUUGUAAGGGUAGACACCAUAGUGCCUUAUGUGAACAAGGUAAUGCUAAUUCUACUGCGUGUAAGGAUGUCGGAAAGGCGAACACGAAUACUUGCGUAGAGAGUGUUGAAUGUGGGGGGAGGGUAGCUCUCCAAACCGCGCAAGGUUAUGUUAUUGGAACGAGGAAAGUGAAAGUGCGAGUACUUUUUGAUGGGGGAAGUCACAGGUCCUUUGUUACCUCCAAUGUUGUGAACAAAGCAGGCAUUUUUCCUUCUCGUAAGGAGAAUUUGCGUAUAUGUAGAUUUGGUGAGACUAAUGUAGAUGUUUCUGCAAAGGACAUUGUUCAAAUCACUUUGUCGUCUGUAGAUAAGAAGUAUAACAUCCCAUUUGAAGCUUGUGUUGUAGAUUCCAUCUCACAGCUGGAAAACCAACAUUUAGAGAUCGUAAAGAAGGAUUUUGCUCAUCUGAAGGACAUUUGGUUUUCAGACGUUGAUUCGAAAGAAGAGCAACUAAGCAUACAAAUUCUGAUCGGUGCAGAUUACAUGUGGCGGUUUAUGGAGGACGAAACGAGAAAAGGAGGUGUGAACGAGCCGGUCGCCGUACGAACAAAGUUGGGUUGGGUUCUUUCAGGACCAGUUAAAGGUGAGAUCGUUGAUGUUACUUCUGUCAGCAAUGUCAAUAUCAAUUUUGUAUCGGAUAAGGAAACUAAUGUGUUUAAUGAUAAGGCCAGUUUACAGGAUCAGAUCCACAAACUAUGGGAUUUAGAUUCUGUCGGAAUACGGCCUACAACUGAUGUUCAUGAAGAUAUUGUGGAUAAUAUCGAAUUUACAGGCGAGCGUUACUCGACUAAAUUGCCAUGGAAGGAAGCCCAUAAACCCCUUCCAACUAAUUACGGUGUCAGUGUAGCGAGAUUAAAGGGGCAAUUAUCUAAACUCAAGAAAAGCCCUGAAGUAUUGCAAGAGUAUGACAAUAUUAUUAAGGACCAGCUUGAGAGGGGGAUUAUAGAGAAGGUUGUAGGUUUAGAUAAUUCUAGCAAUGUUCAUUAUUUACCACAUCAUGCUGUUAUAAGGGAGGAGGCAGAGACCACCAAAUUGCGUAUUGUUUACGAUGCAUCGUGUAGAGAAAAACACAAUGGUACUUCUUUGAAUGAUUGUUUACACGUAGGCCCGUCCUUGAAUCCGUUGCUUUUUGAUCUUCUUGUCUCUUGGAGACAUCACCAAGUCGCCUUAGUCGCCGAUAUUGAGAAAGCCUUUUUAAACAUAGAAGUGCAUCCUGAAGACAGGAAUUGUUUACGUUUUUUGUGGGUUAAUGACAUAAAUUCCCAGUCGCCAUCUAUUGAGACGUAUCGUUUUAAUAGAGUAGUUUUUGGAGUAAAUUCAUCUCCAUUUUUACUCAAUGCUGUUUUACGUCAUCAUAUUGACAAAUAUACAGAGGUCGAUCCGCAAUUUGUAUCACAUGUAAGAAAUGAAUUUUACGUAGAUGACCUAGCAUCAGGAGCUAAGAAUGUAACAGCAGCGCUGGAAUUGUAUUAUAAGGUUAAGAACAGGAUGGCUGAAGGAGGUUUUCAUUUACGCAAAUGGAAAACUAAUGAACCCGAAGUCGCGAAGGUUAUUGAAUCUGAGGCUAUUCAGGAGUUGAAUUUUAAGACAAAAGAAUGCGACAAUUCGUAUGCGAAAACCAUCUUGAAUGAGGGAAAGGAUAUUGAUUCCUCAUGUAAAGUUUUAGGGAUUCAUUGGAAUCAACGUGAAGAUACCUUGCAAUUCGAAUUUUCGAAAAUUGCAUCCGAACUACUGGGUAAGAAAGUAACGAAGCGUGAAAUAUUAAGUUUUCUUGCCAAAACUUUUGACCCGUUAGGAGUUCUUUCGCCUAUUCUGAUUAAUGGGAAAUUUCUUUUUCAGGAAUUGUGUGUCGAAAAUAUUGGGUGGGACGACGAGUUACCCCCUGAUAAAUUAGAGCGUUGGAAUAAUUGGUUAAGUUCAUUAAUUAAUGUGGGCUCUAUUGUUAUUCCCAGAUGUUUGUAUGGGAAGAAUGCUGAGAAAAUUUUGCAUUGUUCCCUACAUGGUUUUGCUGAUGCGUCUUUAAAGGGUUAUUGUGCUACCGUGUAUUUUGUUUAUGAAGCUAAGGAAGGAGUUUUCAGUCAGCUAGUAUGUUCAAAAACCAGAGUAGCACCAUUGAAAGCUCUUUCUAUCCCGCGUUUAGAAUUAAUGUCUGCUAGAAUUCUCGCAACACUAAUGAAAACUGUUUCCUCAGCCUUAAGUAAUUACUGUUAUAUAGAGGAAAGGUAUCUUUGGCUUGACAGUAAAACCGCAUUGUUUUGGAUAAAUAACAGAAAUGAAUGGAAACAGUUUGUGCAACACAGAGUGAAUGAAAUUUUAAGGUUAUCUUCAAGUGAAGAGUGGAGACAUUGUCCCGGUAAAGAUAAUCCAGCAGAUUUAGGAUCGCGUGGGGUUUAUGUUGAUACUUUGAAGGAUAGUGAGUUAUGGUGGCAUGGUCCAGACUGGUUAUGUCAGGAUAAGUCUUGUUGGCCGUCAAAUAUUGAUUUAGGUAGACCUUCUGAAGUAGAUGUGGAACGUAAGAAGGUUGUCAAUUCCAUGUUGAUUAGAGAGGAGAGUUCUAAGGAUAUUGAUCAACUCAUUGACAUUAAUAAGUACAGUUCGUAUGAUAAGCUUGUACGCGUUACUGCAUAUGUCUGCCGAUUCAUAAAUAAUCUUAAAGCUAAAAUGAACAAACAGGAAAAAUUAAUUGGAUCUGUAACUGUACCAGAAAUCUUGUCUGCGGAAAGGUUGUGGAUUAUUAAUGCGCAGGCAGUCUUGAAACAAGAUCCAAAAUUUGAAUUGCUUAAGAAACAGCUACGCAUUGAAGAGCAGAGUGGUAUUUUAAGAUGUGUAGGUAGACUAUCAAACUCUGAUAUGGAAUUUGAGAGCAAAUUUCCUAUAAUAUUGCCAAAGAACCAUCAUUUCACGGAACUCGUUGUUUUACAUGUCCAUGCGUUAAUGGGGCAUGAGGGUCUUCGUGUCACUUUAACGGAAUUAAGAUCUCGGUUUUGGAUUACUAAGGGGAGGCAAUUCAUUAAGAAGCUUAUCAAGCCUUGUAUAAUCUGUAAGAAAUUGGAGGGUAAGGCUUAUAAGGCACCACCUAUGGCACCGUUACCAAAUUUUAGAGUACAGGAGUCGCCGCCUUUCAGCAAAGUAGGUGUUGAUUUUGCUGGACCGUUGUAUGUCAAGGGGUUAAAGGGUAAAACACGUAAAACGUAUAUCACCCUUUUUUCAUGCUGUGUAACACGUGCUUUACAUUUAGAAUUGGUGGAAGACCUUACAGCUCAGUCUUUCUUAAGAUGCUUAAGACGAUUUACUGCUCGAAGAGGUACGCCAGAGUUAAUCGUAUCCGACAACGCAAAAACUUUUAAGGCAGCAGCCAAGUCUAUCAAUCGUAUAUUCAGAAAUAAAGAUAUGCAGCGGGAGUUGGAGUCAAGAAGAAUAGAAUGGAAAUUUAAUCUAGAAAGAAGUCCGUGGUGGGGUGGCAUGUUUGAACGAAUGGUUGGUUUAGUUAAACGUAUACUUAGAAAAAUUCUUGGCAAUGCUCUUUUGAAUAAGGAUGAAAUGCAUACUGUUUUAGUAGAAGUGGAAGGAAUUUUGAAUUCUCGACCACUGACGUACAUAUACGAGGAUGAUUUUAAUGUUGACAUACUAACACCGUCUCAUUUAAUGUUUGGUAGGAGAUUAUCACCUCUUGCAGAUCAUAUAGAAUUUAAUUAUUCUGAUGAUGAAACUUCGCAUAGUAAACGAUUCCUUUAUCUAGUUAGGAAAUUACAACAUUUUUGGAAGAGAUGGAGAACCGAAUAUUUGAGGGAACUACGUGAAAAGCAUAAUGCUGCUGGAGCCGACAAUUGUGACAUGCAUAAAGGAGACAUAGUAUUGAUAGAGGAUGAAAAUGUCAAAAGAAGUCAAUGGAAGAUUGGAAGAAUCGAAAGAAUAAUUGUCGGUAAGGAUGGUAAGAUACGGGGUGCUUCUGUAGUUAAGAUUUGCAAAGGUAAGCGAGAUUUACUUAAUAGACCAAUUACUAAACUUUAUCCUUUGGAGAUAACAGGGACAAGUGACGAAGUGGGGGAUAUAGGAAAUGGUGACAGUGAAAGAAAGGAAGUACGGAAUAGGCCUCGUAGAGCUGCAGCUGCCGACGCGCUAUGGCGGACCCGUCUUGUUUUUUGA